UCCAUCAAUCUCAGGACCCAGAUGCCAGAAUGGGAUCUGAGUUUGAAAGGUCCCAAAGUAAAGGGAGGUAUGGAUGUGUCAGUUCCAAAGAUUGAGGGUGACAUGAAUAUUCCCACAGUCGACAUUGAAGGACCAAAUGUUGACAUUGAUGGCCACAAAGGAGGAUUCAAAAUGCCUAAAUUUAAAAUGCCAUCUUUUGGAAUGAAAGGUCCUAACAUUGAAGGGCCAGAAGUUGAUGUAAACCUCCCUAAGGUAAAUAUUGACAUCAAUGCUCCUGAAUUGGAUAUCAAAGGACCAGAUUUGGACAUUGAGGGCUCAAGUGGUAAAAUCAAAGGACCCAAAUUCAACAUGCCAAGCAUUUCAGGACCCAAACUGUCCAUGCCAGAUGUGGAUUUCAAUCUGAAAGGUCCCAAAAUGAAAGGUGAUGUGGAUAUGUCACUGCCAAAGAUAAAGGGAGGCGUACAAUCACCUGAAAUUGACAUCAAAGGUCCAAAUAUUGACAUUGAAGGUCCCAAAGGUGGAUUUGAAAUGCCUAAAAUGAAAAUGCCAUCAUUUGGCUUCAAAGGAGCAAAAGCAGACCUUCCAGAUGUAGAUGUAAGGCUUCCCAAAGGUAAAAUUGACGUUAAAGUACCUGAUGUUGACGUAAAAACGCCGGACUUUGAUGUUGAAGGACCUGAUAUGAAAUUGAAAGGACCAAAAUUCCAACUUCCAUCAAUCUCGGGACCCAAGAUGCCAGAAUGGGAUCUGAGUUUGAAAGGUCCCAAAGUAAAGGGAGAUAUGGAUGUGUCAGUUCCAAAGAUUGAGGGUGACAUGAAUAUUCCCACAGUCGACAUUGAAGGACCAAAUGUUGACAUUGAUGGCCACAAAGGAGGAUUCAAAAUGCCUAAAUUUAAAAUGCCAUCUUUUGGAAUGAAAGGUCCUAACAUGGAAGGGCCAGAAAUUGAUGUAAACCUCCCUAAGGCAAAUAUUGACAUCAAUGCUCCUGAAUUGGAUAUCAAAGGACCCGAUUUGGACAUUGAGGGCCCAAGUGGUAAAAUCAAAGGACCCAAAUUCAACAUGCCAAGCAUUUCAGGACCCAAACUGUCCAUGCCAGAUGUGGAUUUCAAUCUGAAACGUCCCAAAAUGAAAGGUGAUGUGGAUAUGUCACUGCCAAAGAUAAAGGGAGGCGUACAAUCACCUGAAAUUGACAUCAAAGGUCCAAAUAUUGACAUUGAAGGUCCCAAAGGUGGAUUUGAAAUGCCGAAAAUGAAAAUGCCAUCAUUUGGCUUAAAAGGAGCAAAAGCAGACCUUCCAGAUAUAGAUGUAAGCCUUCCCAAAGGUAAAAUUGAUGUUAAAGUACCUGAUGUUGAUGUAAAAACGCCGGACUUUGAUGUUGAAGGACCUGAUAUGAAAUUGAAAGGACCUAAAUUCCAACUUCCAUCAAUCUCAGGACCCAAAAUGCCAGAAUGGGAUCUGAGUUUGAAAGGUCCCAAAGUAAAGGGAGGUAUGGAUGUGUCAGUUCCAAAGAUUGAGGGUGACAUGAAUAUUCCCACAGUCGACAUUGAAGGACCAAAUGUUGACAUUGAUGGCCACAAAGGAGGAUUCAAAAUGCCUAAAUUUAAAAUGCCAUCUUUUGGAAUGAAAGGUCCUAACAUUGAAGGGCCAGAGGUAGAUGUAAACCUCCCUAAGGCAAAUAUUGACAUCAAAGCUCCUGAAUUGGAUAUCAAAGGAACAGAUUUGGACAUUGAGGGCCCAAGUGGUAAAAUCAAAGGACCCAAUUUCAACAUGCCAAGCAUUUCAGGACCCAAACUUUCCAUGCCUGAUGUGGAUUUCAAUCUGAAAGGUCCCAAAAUGAAAGGUGAUGUGGAUAUGUCACCGCCAAAGAUAAAGGGAGGCAUACAAUCACCUGAAAUUGACAUCAAAGGUCCACAUGUUGAUACUGAAGGUCCCAAAGGUGGAUUUGAAAUGCCUAAAUUUAAACUGCCGUCCUUCGGACUGAAAGGUCCAUACGUUGAAGGGCCAGAAGUUGAGGUAAGCCUCCCUAAGGCAAAUAUUGACAUCAAUGCUCCUGAAUUGGAUAUCAAAGGACCAGAUUUGGACAUUGAGGGGCCAAGUGGUAAAAUCAAAGGACCCAAAUUCAACAUGCCAAGCAUUUCCGGACCCAAACUUUCCAUGCCAGAUGUGGAUUUUAAUCUGAAAGGUUCCAAAAUGAAAGGCGAUGUGGAUAUGUCACUGCCAAAGAUAAAGGGGGGGAUACAAUCACCUGAAAUUGACAUCAAAGGUCCAAAUAUUGAUGUUGAAGGUCCCAAAGGUGGAUUUGAAAUGCCUAAAAUGAAAAUGCCAUCAUUUGGCUUCAAAGGAGCAAAAGCAGACCUUCCAGAUGUAAGCCUCCCCAAAGGUAAACUACCUGAUGUUGACAUUAAAGGGCCGGAAUUCAACGUUAAAGGUCCUGAUGUGAAAUUGAAAGGAGCAAAAAUUCAAGCACCAUCAAUUUCAGGACCCAAGCUGCCAGAGUGGGAUAUAGAUCUGAAAGGGUCCACAAUGAAGGGAGAUUUAGAUUUAUCCGCCCCUACGAUUAAAGGUGACAUGAAAGCUCCGAAAAUGAACAUCGAAGGACCAGAUGUUGACAUUGAUGGUGAAAGCAAAGGCCCCAAAUUCCACAUGCCAAGCCUUUCAGGCCCAAAAGUUUCCAUGCCUGAUGUGGAUUUCAAUCUGAAGAGUCCCAAAAUGAAAGGUGAUGUGGAUAUGUCAAUGCCCUCAUUCAACAUCAAAGGUCCAAAAGUGGUUGGUUCAGAUGUUGGUAUAAAACUUCCCAAAGGAAACAUUGAUGUUAAAGCAUCUGAUGUCAAUGUAAAAGGGCCUACAAUCACAGGAAACAUUGAUGCAUCAUUGCCCAAUCUGGGAGCAGAUAUCAAAGGUCCAAAUGCUAACAUUGCUGUUCCCACCAUCACGGAAGGUCUGUCGAACGAUCCUGUAGUGACCGGUGUUACAUUUCCUAAAUUCAAAGGUCCUAAGUUUGGAAUUAAAUCCCCGGAACUCAGUGUGGAUACACACGGUUCCAAAACAGAAAUUAAUGUCCCUUCCACUGAAGCAAGUCUCGAUGCCCCUGAUAUUAAUGUCAAUGUAAAGGGGAAAAAGGGGAAAUUCAAACUUCCUAAAGUUAAAGCAAGAGCAAAGAAACCUGUUGUAGACAUAGAAACACCAGCAGCAGCCCUGGAUUUAGACACACCCAACAUUAAUGUCAAAGGAACAAAGGUAAAGAAGCCUCUUUUUGGUAAAAUUCAUUUCCCUGAUCUUGAAUUAGAUAUCAAAUCACCAAAAUUGAAAGGGGAUGGAUCUUUACCAGGAGGAUUUAAGUCCACUGACAAAGAUGUUCCAUCUGCGAGCUUGAACACUGCUUUUGAAAGUUCUGGUAUUGACUAUACAAAUGUUAAUUUGGGAGAGACAGAUGUCAAAUUAACUUCUAAAUCAAAAAUGCCAAAUCUGAACUUGUCCACUUCGGAUAUUGAUUCAAAUCUUAACAGACCAGGAGAGGCAACGAUGUCGGCAGGUUUUACAGGCCCAAAAAUAAAUGUGAAAGGUGGUGGAGAGAUUGAUGCAAGUGUUCCAGCUGGCAGUGCAAGCAGUAGCCUUCAUUAUCCAGAAGGUACUGUAACAUUUCCCAAAAUCAAAAUACCAAAAUUUGGUAUUGCUCUGCCUCAGUUGGAAGGCCAGACAGGUGGAGGAAAUGUUGAAUCAGCUGGUGGAGGAAUGAACGUAAAGUCUCCAUCUGUCAGUUGCCAAGUCAGUUCACAAUCUGUGGAGGUUCCCAGUCCAGAACUGAGGCACAAAGAAGGAAAGAUAAAGGUAAAGAUGCCAAAAAUGUUUGGCAAAUCAAAAGCAAAGGGCAGUAGUGCAAGUGACCUUCGGGGAUCGGAGGGAGUAUUGAGUGAAAAAGGCAGUAAGGUACAUACUGGGGAACUGAUAGGUGGAAAAUUAGAAGUAGAGGGCGAUUCUGGGCUCAGUGCGUCAACUAAAGGAAAGUCAGCCUCAAUGGAUCUAUUCCAAAAAUCAAGGCACCGGUCUUCUUCCCUGAGUGAUGAGGGGGGGCUUGCAAUAAGUUCUCCUUCCGGUCACCUAGAAGCUGAGGGUGGCGACAUUUCAUUAGACCUAGGCGGAAGCAAGAUCAAAGGAAAGAAAGGCAAGUUGAAGUUUGGCACCUUUGGAGGUUUUGGUUCAAAGUCAAAGGGUUCAUAUGAAGUGUCACUUGGUGAAGAAGGGGAAGCAAGUGCAGGUGCUCAUUUACCUUCUAAAAAAUCAAGGUUGUCUUCAUCUUCCAGCAGUGACAGUGGUUCAAGAGGUGGUUUCAGGUUCCCAAGACUUGAACUAUCCGUUUCACCAAAGAAAUGAUUUAUUGUGAGGUAAAUUACACUCUUCAAUGUUCACCCAAAUAGACUCUAAUAUGGCAAAUUCGUCAACAUAAAAAACAUUAAAACCUAAGGAUAAUACACAGUCAUUUCAAUAUUAUCAACUACGUUUUUUUUCAGUAAUUAGAUAGGAGUGCACGAGAUUGUUCAAAAUCCCCUAUAACUGUAAAUAAGAUCAAUUUGUAUUGUAGUAAUAAAAUAUUCUUUUUUGUAUAUAGUUCAGAUUUAUCAAACACAUGCCACCUCACCAAAUUUUUACAAAUAGUUUGUUACAGGGUUGUCAUUUUGUCUUGUUUUAUUCUCUUAAAGGAACGUUCUUAAUUAAUAGGUGUGUUGUAUUAGUCCAGGGCUCGAUUGCACAGAACAGAUAGUUAGAAUAGUUAUUUUGAAGGAAGAUGUUGUUAGGUCACCCAGACACAAAUAUAAACAGUUACCAGUUGUUUUGUAUGAAAGGAUUUUAUUUUUGAGCUUUAUAAUGAUAUAAUCUGUUUAGAAGCAUAUUUGGCAAUACAGAGCUGGCCUGUUAUAACCCAUUCCAAAUAGUAGUGGUGUUGUAUAUACCGUAUUUGCAAAGACAAUCACUGUUUGCAAACUACCAAUGCUCUGAAGUGCUGUUCAUUUCAUAAGAAAUAGUUUUCCUCCUCUGAUUGUAUAAUAUUUCUGAAAAAAAGCAUUGUGCCAUUUGUUUUUAAUAUGUUUUGCUUCCAAAUCCUUCAAUCCCUUGUCAUUUUCAUCUUCAUCUGUUUUAUGGACUUUUUUUCUGUCACUCUCAGUCAUUUGUACACUCACCUUAUGAUAAUAUAAAAAAGAAAAAAAAACUGUCACUUUCCAUGUAAAAAAUAAUCUCUAUGUUAACAGGGAGUUGCAUUGUUUUGAUAAGAUAUGUUGGAGACAGAGCAUGCUUCUUUGAGUAUAUUGUUUUGUGUGCAUUCUGCCAAAUAAAGUAAAUAAAAAGAUUUAUAACUCA